AUGUGCUUAAAGAUGUUUGCUUGGCAAGUACUCAAAACCAAGUUACUAGAGAAACACUUCUUGCUGAUAGAUGCGAAGUAUUGCUACAAAUUUAGGCAGUCCUGUGUGUAAACAGUUUCGAAUGUUCAUCAUCAUCUUCUUCGCCAAUCUGGGAGAAAACGACGAGGUGGGCGGCCCGCGCGGCUUUUCGGCACGAGCCCUAUCUGGAAUGUGUUUCGGUGACAGGGAAGACGGUCCCAAGGCGACAACAAACAUGCCAUAACCGCAUCGGUGAUGGAGCAAGAUUUCUGGGCCUAGGACAGCCUGGAGCUAACAUGGGAUGCCGACCCCCGAGAAGCCUAGCAGAGCGAGCUACGACUGCGGGAUGCCAUCGCCUGGAAUCGGUCGACAGCUAAGGCAACAAAAUGACGUAUUACUUUACGGGCUUCGUGAGGAGUCCUGGAGGACUCCUCAAGAUGAUCCAAAUCCUCAUCGGUUUGGUGCUGAUGUUGAUACUGAUGGGAGGACACUACGACGUCAGCACGGGCCUGUACCGCCUUCGUAUCGACGCAUUCCUGAUGACCAUGACCGUCUUCACCUUUGUCCUCACGUCAGCUCUUCUUCUGAUGUGCACCAUCAUGGGCUCCACAGAGCUUCCAAACUCUGUUCUGUAUCGCAUUAACUACCUUUUGGCCACCAUCACAUACUUUCCUUUCACCGUGGGUUUCAUCUUUGAAGAGUACAUGCAUGGAGACAUCAAGCAGACCAUUGCAGGAGGGGUACUCAGCAUCACCAAUUCGCUGAUCUACAUGUUCAACCUGUGCGUGAGCUACGAGUUACGCUGCCUUAAGAGCCGGCGCCGCGAGCGCAAGCCUAAGGGCGGGAGACACAAGCACAGAGGCAGGAAGAGCAAAGGCAAGAAGGGUGGGAUGAGCGAAAUAGACGUCCUGAUGGGCAGGGACCGGGCUGCCGGUGCCACCGCCGGCUUGACCGGCCACAUUCGCAACGAGCGAGACCUUCUGGCCACCGGUGACGUGGAGACUUUUCAUCGACUCCAGCAGAUCCAGCAAAUGAACCGGCUCCUAGAGAACGACCCUAUCAUGUUCCACCAGCAGACCAUGCUGGGCGCACAGCAGGCGUAUGCGCAGGAACAGCAGCAGUACAUGGCACAGGCCGGCGGAGGGUCGCCGGCGGCCAUUGCGGCCGGGUUGCACAGCGGCGGUGCACCGAUGGCCGACGAGUUCGGCCGUCGCCCGCGAGACGACCGGCUGGCGCGUAGAGUGGUGCACGAGGUGUACCGCGGUGAGUUCCUGCCCGGCGAGGAGUACCUGAUGCAGCCGGCCGUGGGCAAAGAGUUCAUCAUUCCCAUCCAGGUGGAAGGGCGCAAGACUCCGACGACGUCGGCCAGCACCAGUCCCUCCGAAAAGAGCGAGAGUGAUUCUCCCAAGAAGUCUCCGAAGAAGAAAGGCAAGAAGGACUCCAAACACAAGAAGAAGAAAAGCAAGAAGGGCAGCAAGAGGGGCUCCAAGCACAAGAAGAAGAGAAGCAAGAAAGGUUCCAAGAAGAAACACAAGAAGAAGAAGAAGAGCAAAGGAAAGAAGAGGAAGAAGAAGAAGUAGGGCCCCUUUUAACAUACGUUACUCCCUGCGUGUGGUGUGUUUCCUGAGCUGUGCGACCGACUUUUAUGUUUCGUGUG